AUGUGCUGGCAGAUAACACCGGCACCCAAUUUCCCCAUCUACUAUGCAGUCUACAGAUUGUACUCCCAUUACAAAGCACGGGGGGGAUGUAAGGCCAUUUGCUCGGGAUUGGACCACCUCAGGGCGCAACAGAUCGAGGCCAUGAGGUUGAGGCUUCUGGAUAUGGAGAAGACUGGGCAUGUCUUCCCCAACGGCUCAUGGGCAGCAAGAGUGCUCAGAGAUGAUAAAGGGUACUUCGACCUGCUUGAAAGGGCCAACACAUAUCGGCAGGAGAAGCCCCUGGAGUGGGUGCCACGUUUUGUUGCCAGCGCAACACUCGAGGAGAUUGUGCAGCCGGCCAUGAGGAUGCGCAGGCCGCUGCCCGACGAAGCAGCAAUGAAGCUGGGGCAGCAGCUCGAGAUCCCAGGCCUGAUGGAAUAUGUGGCCAGGGCGCGGAGGCGAGCAGUGGGGUCGAUGUUUCCGACGUCGGUGGAGUAA